UGCGGAGAGGAGUGGAAUGGAGACUCUAUGGGCAGGUCCUUCCCUCAGCAUCCUCACUACUGAACUGUGUAGGGAGGACGUGCCAGUCUAGACCCUGCUAACAUGGCGGCGGCACAGGAGGAGAGCACGUGACUGCUGUCUUCUCCCUGAACUGCACUUUCCUCCAGGGCCCGUAGCCUUUAGAGACGACCUGUAACCGCGCUGCCUGCAGCCCUCCUGCGUCACGUCCGGUGAGGGGUCGGCAGGUUGCCCAUGCCAUUCGUGGAGAGGUGUAGGCGGGCUCUUCAAGGAGGAAGUGACGAGAAUUUGGAGCCUGUAUUCCAACGAGCUAGAGAUGGCGGAUGGUGGCAGGUCGUAUAUUGAUCAUGAUGACCGGUUUGCUGGAGGACAUUUCAUGAAAAAGAGAAAAGGACGUGGCCCCUUCCAGGGCAAAAUGUAUAGUGAAGGUCCUCCUAAAUAUCAGAAUCGUGGUUACCCACCGAACCCCCGUUCCAGAUUGGAUGAUGAUGAUGGAGAUACUGCUAUGAGUGAUGUACAUGACGCUGCUCGUCCAAGAUUCAAUCCUUACAGUCGGGGAGGGAGAAAAAGAGAUGACAGACCAGGGAGAGACAGAGUAAGCUCCCAUGCGAACAUGUCUAGAGACACUCCCCAUCAUCCUAGAAAUGAGACAAGAGAGGACAAAAGCUGGUUCAAAGUCACAAUUCCUCAUGGGAAAAAAUAUGAUAAGGGAUGGCUAAUAGGUCUCUUACAAAGUGCCUGUGCGCUACCAUUCACACCUGUUGAGUAUCAUUGUGACCAUUCUCGAGCUCACUUCUUCGUGGAAGAUUCUGCUGUGGCAAAAGCCUUAAAACAGAUUUCACGGACAUUCACUGACCGAGAAAACUUCAAGGUUACGAUUUUGACACAUUCUUGUCCUCCCCCUUCGUUUCCGAAAAGUUUGACAGAUGAAGAAAUAGUACAUUUAAAGAACUGUAUGCAGAAACGAUAUGAUGGAGCUCAACAAGCUCUCAAUAUGAAGGCCGUACGUUUGGAUCCAGGCCUAGUUGAAAACAAGGUAGACAUCAUUCUGAACCGGAAGGCUUGUAUGCAGGCCAUGCUACAAAUAAUUGAGGAGAAUGUGCCAGAGCUGCUGUCUUUGGAUCUUAGUAACAACAAACUCUAUAAACUUGACCAUAUGUCAGAAAUUCAUCAUAAAGCUCCUAAUCUGAAGAUUCUUAACCUGUCUGAGAACAUGCUGAGGUCUGAAAAGGACCUGGAUAAGAUAAAAGGCCUUAAAUUGGAAAUGUUGUGGUUAGAUGGGAAUCCACUCUGCAAACUCUUCAGAGACCAAACUUCAUACAUCAGUGCCUUGCGAGAACGUUUUCCCAAACUCCUGCGACUGGAUGGACAUGACCUUCCUCCUCCAAUCACCUUUGAUGUAGAAACCCCCACAACACUCCCUCCUUGCAAGGGCAGUUAUCUUGCAACAGAUGAUAUUAAAGCAUUGGUUUUGCGAUUUCUUCAACAAUAUUACGUGUGCUAUGACAGUGAAGAUCGUGAAGGCCUCCUUAAUGUAUACCACGAUGAGGCUUGCUGUUCGCUCAGCAUUGCUUGUGGGCAAGGACAGAAUCCCUCUAGCAGUCUUGGAGAGUAUUUUAACAACAGCAGAAAUCUAAAAAGAUUACGUGAUCCAGGGCGACGCUUUAAACUACUGAAACACAAGCGCCUUAAUGUUGUUAGCUUCUUAAAUGAGCUCCCUCGUACACAGCAUGAUCUCAAUUCAUUUGUUGUAGACAUUACUGCUCAGUCUAACACACUACUGUGUUUUGUGGUGAACGGUGUAUUUAAAGUUGAGGGGCAGUCUAGUGAUCCUGUACGUGCUUUUACACGGGUGUUCAUAGCUGUGCCAGGCACUGAUGGAGGGCUCCUCUUGGUGAAUGAUGAUCAAUUCAUAAGGAAUGCCACCACAGAAGAGAUUCGGAAAGCAUUUGCCACACCAGCUCCUACUCCUUCCAGCAGCCCAGUACCUGUCCAUGCACCUGUGCCCCAAGAUAUGGUGCAAGCAUUUUCACUGUUCUCAGGAAUGAAUGCAGAAUGGUCUCAAAAGUGUCUUCAGGACAAUGGUUGGGACUUUGAACAGGCAGCACAGAUUUUUAUGAAGCUCAAGGCAGAGGGUAAAAUCCCAGAAGUUGCCUUCAUCAAGUGACUCUCCACUUUAAUCUUUCCUUCAUCUUUGCUCCUUUU